AUGCAAUCUUUGAAUCCAAAGAAACAAGCAACCGUCAUUGGAGCCGGAAUUUCAGGGCUGACUACUGCUGUUCUUCUUCAAGAAGAGUAUAACGUAACAAUUGUAUCCAGAGAUUUUCCGGGCGAAUUAAAAGAUGGAUAUACAAGUCCAUGGGCUGGCGCGAAUUGGAGAAGUCAGGCAGUGUUAGAUGACAUCCGGCAACAAGGUACUGGUGUCAAGUAUUUAAAGCAUAUUUCAGUUAAAUUUAUUAAUUUAUCAAUUCCUUCGAAAGGUUUUGAUAAGGAAACUUUUAUUCACUUUUGGGAUUUGGCCCAUACCAGACCAUCCGAAACUGGAAUAAUGAUUGUAGACGGGUUUGACUAUUGGGAUGAAUAUUUCCCAUUGGAAUGGAAUGAUCCAUGGUUUAAGGAUUUAUCGAUGGUUGAGUUUUUAUUUGAACAAACAGUACAGGCAUUUAACGAAAAAUGA